AUGUCGGACCUAGAGUUUGGCAUGGGUUCCCUUGACUCAGUCCUCGAACUGAUGACAGGAAGAGUUUAUAUCUCACAUCGAUGAGAUAUAUAACUGGUUUUGGUUCUUGUUUCCUCUGAGAAACGAGAAUUUGUUUGAGAUCCUACUCUUGUUGUGUGGCAGAGGUGCUGCCGAAAUUUUUACUGCACACAACAAGAGUCGGAAGAGAAGGUGAACAGGUAGUGGGUCUGAAGCCUAUUCGAUGGAGGAGAUCAUCAAGAAGUUGAACCCCGCGGAGGUAUCAACUUUGAUGAAGCUAAUGAAGUUGUCGGCUGGUGAGAGUGCGACAAAACCAUCGAAGAAGUUGGAGCUUCCGACCAUCGAUCUGAAGCUUGAUGGACCGAAUACGUACCUGAGCUGGUCGCGACGGGUGAGAUACAUCCUUGCAGGGAGGAAUCUGGAGGGUUAUCUGACAGGAGAGGUGACAGAGCCGGAGGACUCGGAGAGAAGAGAUGAGUGGAAGUCCACUCAUAUGUUGGUGUACAUAUGGCUUCUCAAUUCAUUGGUCCCGACGAUCGCAGCCACAGUGGAUGGCAUUGAGAAGGUGAAGGACGUCUGGGAGAAGUUGAGGAGGACAUAUGACGGAGUCGGGAAUAACCUGAGGGUAUUCCAGAUUAAAGGGGAGGUCGACGCCACAGUCCAGGGAGAGAGGACUGUACAGGAAUAUGCUACAGAAUUGGAGCGUCUGUGGCUGGAUUAUGAUCAUUUUUCCCCUCGGGCUAGCUGCAAGGACCCGGGGUGUAAAGAACGGGAGGCCUUUCUACAGGAGAGGACUAUGGUGUUUCUCAAGGGAUUGACAUCAGAGUUCGCUCAGCGAAUCGCAUUGCUACUAGCUCAGCCGAAGAUUCCCACACUUGAGGAGGCUGUCUCUGCUAUGAUCCAGGAGGAGACUCGCAUUCGGCUGCAGGCAGGGACAGGUGGACUUCCUGUGGUGAAGUCAGCAAUGGCAGCCUCUAGCAACACUGGAUCUAGGGGAGAGACUCGACAGUGCUACAACUGCGGCACGGUGGGUCAUCUAAGGCAUGCUUGCACCAAGCCACCCAAGGAAGGAGAUUCGGGUGGACGUGUACAGUUCGGAGGUCGUGGUCGUGGCCGUGGGGGUCGACGAGGUGAAAGAGGAGCAGGGAAUCGGGCGAAUAUGAUGGUAGCAGAGGAAGGUGAAGCAACUGAGAUGGUCUUUACUGAGGAGGACCAUAUGCUCCUGGAGAUUCUUCGAAGGAAGCAGAGAGUGGCAGGAGAUGGAGACAGAAGAAGUGGAACUGAGGAGACAUCCAAAGGCAACUCUGCUACUUAUGCUCAUCCGAUCAAAUGUACGGAUGACAUACAUGCUCUUGCUUCUAUGUCUCCCGACAGAUCAUCAGAGUGGAUAGUCGACUCCGGUGCAUCUCGCCAUGUGACAGGUAAUGCUAGUGAGUUCUCAUCAGCAGAUAGCAUCCAAACAGCUGAUGGUACAUUUCAGCCUGUGGUUGGUAAGGGUACUGUUAAUUGUACAGGUUCUGAGAAAGGGACAGGACGGAGACUUGGGACUGGCACGUGGAGUAAUGGACUGUGGUACUUGGAUCGUGAGGGACUGGACUCAGCUUUGGUGUCAAUGGUAGAGAAAGCAGGAGUAGGAUCUGAAAUGAGUGCCGAGAGUGAAUUGAUGCUUCAUCACCAGCGCUUGGGACACUCAUCCUUUGGUACUUUAAGUAGAUUGAAUGUUCAGACCCAAUAUGGAGCAGUGGUGAAGGUAUUGAGAUCUGAUAAUGGGACAGAGUACACCAACAAAGUGUUUGGAGAAUACUUGUCAUCUCAUGGAAUACAACACCAGACUACGUGUCCAUACACACCAGCUCAGAAUGGGGUUGCUAAGAAGGAUCCAAAGUGGAAAGCAGCUAUGCAUGAGGAGCUAGGAGCUCUUGAGAAAAACCGCACUUGGGAGCUAGUAAAAUUACCAGAAGGGAAGAGAGCAGUUGGGUGCAAGUGGGUCUUCACUAGUGCCCCCGGGAAGGGACUGAUAUUCAGGAAGAAUGGACAUGUGAACAUCGAGGGUUAUUGCGACUCUGAUUGGGCUAGCUGUGCUGAUGACAGGAGAUCCACCUCAGGAUAUUGUAUCUUUGUAGGAGGUAACUUGGUCUCGUGGAAGAGCAAGAAGCAAUCGGUGGUAGCGAGAUCAACAGCUGAAGCAGAGUAUAGAGCCAUGGCCUUAGGAGUUACAGAGUUGUUGUGGUUAAAGAGUAUGUUGGUGGAGCUGAAGCUGGAUUAA